GCGCACGAUUUUACCGCCCAACCGCCUUCCUUCUCGCGCUGACUCACCUGAGGAGAUGGCGAGGAGGGUGGUUGUCCCAUUCGACGACGAAAAGUCGUCAGAGGAUAUUAUGUCUGACCAAGAAGAUGAACAACUGGAGUUUGUUGCUUUGGAAGGAAAUUUCUCACUGGGUCAGGGGCUGCCCAGCAGACAGAGAGGACACUCACUGCCAGUGGGACCUGAGGAGGAUGAUAUUCUUAACUGGCUACGGACGAAAGAUGAAAGCAGUGAAAGAGAAAGCCUUGAUCCACUGGAACAUGGUAGAGCCCUGUUUUCUGAAUCGCCAAUGUUCCCGGAUGGGAGCAGUGACGCAGAAAACCCUGAGCCAAUGGAACCUGUAGAUAUCGAAUUUCCUGAAUUGCCAGUGUUCCAGGGUGGAAGUUUUAAGCAAGAAAGUCCUGAGCCUGCGGAAUCUGUAAGAAUCCCGUUUUCUGAAUCGCAGAUGGUCCAGAAUGAAAGUUUUAAGCAAGAAAGUCCUGAGCCUGCGGAAUCUGAAGCAGUCCCAUAUUAUGAAUUGCAGAUGGUCCAGGAUGAAAGUUUUAAGCAAGAAAGUCCUGAGCCUGCGGAAUCUGAAGCAGUCCCAUAUUAUGAAUUGCAGAUGGUCCAGGAUGAAAGUUUUAAGCAAGAAAGUCCUGAGCCUAUGGAAUCUGUAGGAGACCCAAUUUCUGAACCACAGAUAGUCCAGGAUGUAAGUUAUAAACAAGAAAGUCCUGAACCUGUGGAAUCUGUAGGAGACCCGUUUUCUGAACCGCAGAUGGUCCAGAAUGUAAGUGAGAGGACAUGCCCUGAGCCAGCGAAACCUGCAGGAGACCUGUUUUCUGAAUUGCAGAAGCUGCGAGAUAAAAGGGAAAGAAGAAGCUUUGAGCCAAUGGAGUUUACAGAUGCCCCAUUUCUUGAGUCACGUAUGCUGAAUGUUGGCAGCCCAUGGAGAGAACGCCCUGAGCUGGCGGAACCCGCAGUAGACCCUUUUUCUCAAUCACCGAUGCCAUGGGAUUUAAGUGUUCGGAAAGAACGCCCUAAGCCAGUGAAACCUGCAGGAGACCCUUUUCCUGGAGUAUCGAUGUUGCAGGAUCCUAGCAUUCAGGGUGAGCGUCCUGAGCAAGUGAAACGUGCAUUAGAUCCUUUUCCUCCAACACUGAAGCUGCGGUACAUGAGCCCGCAGAGAGAACACCCUGAGCCAGUGAAACCCUCAGAAGACCCUUUUUCUCAUUUUCCCAUGCUGCGGGACCAAAGCAGAGAUAGAGGACGUCCUCAGUCAGUGGAACGUACGGUAGAUCCUUUUUCUAGAUUACCUAUAUCAAGAGACCAAAGUCGGCUGAGACAACGCCCCAAACCAGUAGAAACUUCAAUAGAACCUCUUUCUGGAAAACUGGUCCUUCGGGAUCGCAGCCCAUUGAGAGAGCGCUCUAAGGCUGCAGAAGAACCUUUUCCUCUGUCACCAAUGCUGAAAAAUCAAAGUCGGCCGAGGCAACGCCCCAAGCCAGUAGAAACUUCAGUAGACCCUUUUUCUGGGAAACUGUUGCUGCGGGACUGCAGCCCACAGAAUGUACACCCUAAGUCAGUGAAACCUAUGGAAGACCUUUUUCCUCAACCACCAACAAUGAGGGAUCAAAGCACUCAGACAGAACGCCCUGUGCUAGUGGAACCUGCAGAGGGCCUUUUUACCAGACCAUUGAAGUCACGCAGUCGAAGUCAGCAGAAAGAAUGCCCUAAGCCAGUGGAAUCCGCAGUAGACCCUUUCUUUGGAUCAGUAAUGCUUCGCUAUCAAAGCUUGCGGAGUGAACUCCCUGAAUCAGCUGAACCUGCAGGAAACCCUUUUUCUCAAUUGCUGAUGCAGGAUAGGAGCCUGCCAAAAGAAUGCCCAAAGCCAGCUGAAACUGCCGUAGGCCCUUUUUCUCCAGCACCGAUGAUGCGUGAUAGAAGCCUGCCAAGAGAACGCCCACAGCCAGCUGAAACUGCCGUAGGCCCUUUUUCUCCAGCACCGAUGAUGCGUGAUAGAAGCCUGCCAAGAGAAUGCCCACAGCCAGCUGAAGCUGCCAUAGGCCCUUUUUCUCCAGCACCGAUGAUGCGUGAUAGAAGCCUGCCAAGAGAAUGCCCAAAGCCAGCUGAAACUGCCAUAGGCCCUUUUUCUCCAGCACCGAUGAUGCGUGAUAGAAGCCUGCCAAGAGAACGCCCAAAGCCAGCUGAAACUGCCGUAGGCCCUUUUUCUCCAGCACCGAUGAUGCGUGAUAGAAGCCUGCCAAGAGAACGCCCAAAGCCAGCUGAAACUGCCGUAGGCCCUUUUUCUCCAGCACCGAUGAUGCGUGAUAGAAGCCUGUCAAGAGAAAGCCCAAAGCCACCUGAGCCUGCCGUAGGCCCUUUUUCUCAAGCACCGAUGAUGCCUGAUCAAAGCAGUGUGGAACGUAGCUGUAAACCAAAGAAACCUGAAGUUUUCUUUUUUCCUGCAUCACCAGUAUGGCAAGAUAGACGUGAGAGAGAAAACCCUGAACGAGUGGAACCUGCAGAAAACCCCUUUUCUGAAUCGCACGAGCUGCAGGGUGAAAGGAGCAGAGUGGAAAACCCAAAUUACACAUCAUCGCUCCCUUUUCCACCUGUUGAUAAAAAUGUUGGGCAUAUGCAAAAAAGAUCUGAGAUUCUGCUGAAGCAUAUUAAUGAUAGCAGGAAGAAAGAUUACAAGAUCAUGCAGAAUAAGAGGAAAACUGUUUAUAUGAAGGCCGUCGCUAUGAUGAACAAAAUAGAAGGCAAGUUCUGUCAGUUUUACAAUCAUCAAACCAACUAUAUUCAAGAGAAGCUCCAGGAAUUCAAAAGGUCACUGGAGAGUGCCUCUAAUUUAGAAAACGACAUCCAAGAUAUCUGCCAAGCAAUGGAAGAGACUCUAACUGAAUGUAUAGUAAACAUGGCAGAUCAUUCUUGCCUUGAAUUGUAAACCAGUUGAAAAUAAGUUGAAACUAUUAAAUUAAAAAUAAGCAUUCAAGUCAAUCUACAGAUAAAAAAAGUAACAUUUUGAAUAUAUCUCUUAGCUGAAUAUGUGGAUGACGAUGAAACUACCCUUCUUCUGGGCUGUGGUCAUCCAGUUUUCUUUUCAAACCUAUCCAAAUUUGGAAGUUACAGUACUGAACACUUAUUAAAAUUUUCAAAUUAUAUAAUUAUUU